UGGAUCAGUGUGGAUUGGACUGAAGAGGGGGACACAGAAACGCUGGGGUUGGUCUAAUGGAGAAAACACAUCUUCUCAGUACUAUAACUGGGAUUCAGGACAGCCAAAUGGGGAUGGAGAUUGUGUAGCUACUUAUGCCGGUGUUUGGCAUGAUAUGUUAUGUAGCUAUAAGCGAUAUUUUAUGUGCUAUGAAAAUUCUGGAUACAUCUUGGUACAGAGCGCUAAAAACUGGAGUGAUGCUCAAAGCUACUGCAGACAACAUCACACAGACCUUCCCACCAUCCACAACUCUGAGCAAAAUAACCAGAUGAAUCGGAUUAUUUUAUCUGGAUGGUACAUCUGGUUUGGUCUGUUCCGGGACUCUUGGGAAUGGUCUGACAAAUGGAGUCGCUUCUUCAGACACUGGGCAGUGGGUCAACCAUCAGGAUCUGGUGACUGUGUUAGCAUGUCAACAGCUGAUUCUGGUAAAUGGUUUCAACACAGUUGUGAUCUACAGCAUCAUUUUAUCUGCCAUGGAA